GCCGGAGAGUAGUAGUGAGUCUGCAGUGUCAGGAAAAGGAUCAGGAAGGAAAUCGACGAUCACGGCUGACCUCUGCCUCAGGCCACAAUUAAUUGUAAACAGCGGAAUUUCAGGGGUCUGGCUUCGUUUUCUUCCAACGCCCCGAACGCGCGAGAGCUGCAGAAUAUUGAAACACAACCAACCCUCGGGAAUUGGAUCGCGCAGAACAUAACCAAUCCUUAGCGCCCUUUAUACACCCGGCCUACGAGGCGCGCCAUACAGAAUGUCCACCACCACCGCGGCUCCAUUCGAGCUCGACACACCCACAAUCCUCUGCAUCGCGUUCGCGCUCUCCUUUAUGCCAAUCGCCUAUCUUCUCGGCGUCUCCCUUAUCCCAUCUUCCCAGACGCGCAACCGCAUCCUCUUCUUCUGGCACGCCUACGACGCCCUCACCCACCUCUUCAUCGAGGGCUCUUUCCUCUACGAAUGCUUCACUAGCUUCGCGAUCCUCCCCGCGGGUUUCACCACCGAGCUCGCCUUCUUGGGCUUCAAGGACCGCGUGUACGGCGCUGCAUACGGCGGCGCAAGCCCCAGCGCGCGCCUCUGGCAAGAAUACGCAAAGGCCGAUCACCGUUGGGCGACUGCGGAUGCGACCGUCAUCUCGCUGGAACUGCUGACCGUGUUCCUUGGUGGACCGGCCGCAAUCUACGUUUGCUACUUGCUCUGGAACUCUAGCCAGGAUGCGACGAGCGAAGAGAAGGGAUCUGCGAAGGGGAAGCUGUGGCUUGUUGCUACCGCGUUGGCGACGGCAGAGCUGUAUGGCGGGUUUAUGACCUUUGCGCCGGAGUGGUUGACUGGAAGCGCGCAGCUGGAGACUGGAAAUGCGGUUUAUCUUUGGUUUUAUCUGGUGUUCUUUAACACCCUUUGGGUCUGGAUCCCGCUUUGGGUGCUUUGGGAGGCCGGUAAGGAGGUGAGAAGCGCGUUUGUGGCCGCGGAAGCGGUUGAUGAGAAGCGCAAGACGAAGUGAUGGAAUAUUAAUUAUGAAGGGGUGGUUGGUUGUAUAUGGUAAUGAUGGGGGGUUAGCGGGCUAUAUAUAUAUUUGAUGAUUGA